UCCGGCGAGACUGGCGACUUGCUUCCUUUUGCAGAGCGGCCGCUCCCCUCUCGGUCCAGCUGCGACGCUGGGAAAGCGCCAGACUUGGUCUGUCACGGGAGCCCCCGCGGGGCGUGGCGAGGGAGAGCUGGCCUAGGCUGCGAGGGACUCUCGUUUCUUGCCUGGAGAGCCAGGAAGAGGGCGAUGGCAGAGCAUCCUCGGGCGGAGAUGCCUUUAAAAAAUCAUCCACCGCAGCGGUAGAAACAGUUUUGUUUGGCUUUAUUUAUACGGAAUGAUUUUUCAGUGAAAUGCUGUCUUGCUUAAAAGAAGAGAUGCCUCCCCAGGAGCUCACCCGGCGACUGGCCACAGUGAUCACUCAUGUCGAUGAAAUUAUGCAGCAGGAAGUCAGGCCCUUGAUGGCAGUGGAGAUAAUAGAACAACUUCACAGACAAUUUGCCAUUCUUUCAGGAGGCCGAGGGGAGGAUGGCGCCCCCAUCAUCACAUUCCCAGAGUUUUCGGGGUUCAAACACAUCCCAGAUGAAGACUUCUUGAAUGUCAUGACCUACCUGACGAGCAUCCCCAGUGUGGAGGCUGCCAGCAUUGGAUUCGUUGUUGUUAUCGACAGACGAAGAGACAAGUGGAGCUCCGUAAAGGCAUCCUUGACACGAAUAGCUGUGGCAUUUCCAGGAAACUUACAGCUCAUAUUCAUCCUUCGUCCAUCUCGCUUUAUCCAGAGGACAUUCACUGACAUUGGCAUUAAAUACUAUCAAAAUGAAUUUAAAACGAAAGUGCCGAUCAUCAUGGUAAACUCUGUCUCUGACCUUCAUGGCUACAUCGACAAAAGCCAACUGACCCGGGAAUUAGGGGGGACUUUGGAAUAUCGCCACGGUCAGUGGGUAAAUCACCGCACUGCCAUCGAAAACUUUGCCUUGACCUUGAAGACCACUGCCCAGAUGCUGCAGACAUUUGGGGCCUGCCUGGCCACAACAGAGCUGCCCAGAAGCAUGCUAUCCAUGGAAGACCUUCUCAUGUCCCACACAAGGCAGUGGGACAAGCUGCAGGAUGAGCUGAAAUUACUUGGAAAGCAGGGGACCACAUUGCUGUCAUGCGUCCAAGAACCAGCAACCAAAUAUCCAAACAGCAAACUCAACCUCAAUCAAUUUGAGAAUGUAACUACCAUGGAAAGGUUAUUAGUUCAACUGGAUGAAACAGAAAAAGCCUUUAGUCAGUUUUGGUCUGAGCAUCAUCUGAAGCUUAACCAGUGCCUACAACUACAGCAUUUUGAGCAUGACUUUUAUAAGGCUAAGCUUGCCCUGGAUAAUUUGCUGGAAGAGCAAGCAGAGUUUACAGGCAUUGGAGACAGCGUGAUGCACGUGGAGCAACUUCUUAAGGAACACAAAAAACUGGAGGAAAAAAGCCAGGAGCCCCUGGAAAAGGCCCAGCUGCUGGCACUGAUUGGGGACCGGCUCAUCCAAAGCCACCAUUAUGCAGCAGAUGCCAUCAGGCCCCGGUGUGUGGAGCUCAGGCACCUCUGUGACGAUUUCAUCAAUGGAAACAAGAAAAAAUGGGACAUUUUAGGAAAGUCCUUAGAGUUUCAUAGACAACUGGACAAGGUCAGCCAAUGGUGUGAGGCAGGAAUCUACCUCUUGGCUUCCCAAGCUGUAGACAAGUGCCAGUCUCGAGAAGGGGUUGACAUCGCUUUGAACGACAUUGCGACAUUCCUGGGCACAGUCAAGGAGUACCCGUUGCUCAGCCCCAAGGAGUUUUACAACGAGUUUGAGUUGCUGCUCACCCUCGAUGCAAAGGCCAAAGCCCAGAAAGUUUUGCAGAGGCUGGAUGAUGUCCAGGAAAUAUUUCACAAGAGGCAAGUGAGUCUGAUGAAACUGGCAGCCAAACAAACUCGUCCAGUGCAACCUGUGGCCCCACAUCCUGAGUCUUCACCAAAAUGGAUGUCAUCGAAAACCAGCCAGCCCUCCACCUCGGUCCCUCUAGCUCAUCCUCUGAGAACGUCUGAGGAACCUUAUACGGAGACAGAGUUGAACUCCCGGGGAAAGGAAGAUGAUGAGACUAAAUUUGAAGUCAAGAAUGAAGAAAUCUUUGAAAGCUGUCAUGAAAGGAGGAACCUUGAGCUGGAGCAGCAGGCCAGGCUCAGAGACCUUUCCCCCCGCAGGCGCAUUAUACGUGACUUGCUUGAGACUGAAGAGAUUUAUAUAAAAGAGAUUAAAAGCAUAAUUGAUGGUUAUAUCACUCCAAUGGAUUUUAUUUGGCUAAAGCACCUAAUUCCAGAUGUUCUUCAGAAUAACAAGGACUUUCUCUUUGGGAAUAUUAGAGAACUUUACGAAUUUCACAACAGGACUUUUCUGAAAGAGUUGGGAAAGUGUGCUGAGAACCCUGAACUUCUGGCACAUUGCUUUCUCAAGAGAAAAGAAGAUCUUCAGAUAUAUUUUAAAUACCAUAAGAAUCUGCCCCGAGCUAGGGCAAUCUGGCAAGAGUGUCAAGACUGCGCUUACUUUGGGGUAUGCCAGCGCCAACUGGAUCACAAUCUCCCUCUUUUUAAGUAUCUUAAAGGACCAAGCCAGAGACUUAUAAAAUACCAGAUGCUGUUGAAGGGUCUGCUGGAUUUCGAGUCUCCUGAAGAUAUGGAGAUAGACCCAGGUGAACUAGGAGGCUCGGCUAAGGAUGGGCCAAAGAGAACCAAGGAUUCAGCAUUCUCAGCUGAACUACAACAAGCUUUGGCAGUGAUAGAGGAUUUGAUCAAGUCCUGUGAGUUGGCUGUGGACCUAGCAGCAGUGACUGAAUGUCCGGACGAUAUUGGAAAACUAGGCAAGCUGUUGCUGCACGGCCCUUUCAGCGUCUGGACAAUUCACAAGGAUCGUUAUAAAAUGAAGGAUUUGAUUCGAUUUAAACCCAGCCAGAGGCAAAUCUACCUAUUUGAAAGGGGAAUAGUAUUCUGUAAGAUACGAACGGAGCCUGGGGACCAGGGAUUGUCUCCUCAUUACAGCUUCAAGAAGGCCAUGAAGCUGAUGACACUUUCAAUUCGCCAGCUUGGAAGGGGGAGCCAUAGAAAGUUUGAGAUUGCCAGUCAAAAUGGACUUGAGAAAUACAUCCUGCAGGCAGCUUCAAAAGAAAUCAGAGACUGUUGGUUUUCAGAAAUAAGUAAAUUAUUGAUGGAACAACAAAAUAAUAUUAAAGACCAAGGAAAUCCGCAGUUUGAAAUGAGCACGAGCAAAGGCAAUGGAGCAGGAUGUGGACCGUGGAUUGAAAAUAUGAAAAGAGCUACCACUAGCAAGGAAGACCCAGCCUCCAGCACAGGAGGGAUUAAAGGCUGCUCCAGCAGGGAGUUUAGCUCCAUGGACACCUUUGAAGACUGUGAAGGUACAGAAGACAUGGAAAAGGAGAGCAGCGCUCUGAGUCUCGCGGGCCUUUUCCAGUCGGACGACAGCCACGAAACCUGUUCCCCCAAAUCCGCUUUCCUGGAGAGGGGAGAAAGCACCCAGGGAGAAAAAGAAGAACGCGAUGAGGAGGAAACGGCGACCCGCAGCACCGAGGAGGAGCGCGCUGGGGCGUCCACGGGCCGGCUGGCUCCUGCGGGGUCGACGGCUGGUUUCCAGGCGAGGGCGCUGCGCACGAGGACCUCCGCCCCGGAGAGCUGACCUCCCUGCGGACACCCCCGCUCCUCGGCCCCAGAGCGCCCGCAUUCCCGGGAGAGGCGGUGUGGGGGCCCGGGCCCUGCCCAGCUACGCAGAAAGCAGCAGGAGCCUCGGCGGCGGCAGGAAGGGGACAACCAGGGCCUCCUCCCAGGAACCCGAGGGGUGCCCUGGGUGCGCGCCUAGCUCCGCACGAGGGACCUCGGAGCUGCUCUAAGGCGCCUGCAGAGGCGAGCAGAGCCCGCAGCCCACGCCUUCUCAACCGCCCACUUUGACGUUCGGAGCCGGGCAGUUCUUUGCUGUGUGGGCUUCUCUGUGCUCCCACGGUAGGAUGUUUAGCAGCAUCCCUGGCCUCUACCCACUAGGUGCCAGGAAUGCGCCACCCCAUCCUCCACCCCACCCCCAAAUUGUGACAAUCAAAAAUGCCUGCAGACACGCCCACAUUUCUCCAGGGCGGGGUGGGAAGCGGUUGAGAGCCGCUUAGCCCGAGCCUUGGAGGAGCCGGAGCCGCUCAAACCCGGCGGGGGCCGCAGACUGGGAGCUCCCGGUCCGCCUCCCAGAAUCCCUGCGAGCGUUCAUGGGGUGUUCGUGUUAGUGCCAAGAUUGCUUCGUUGCAGAGAGUUCGUUCCAAGUUACUUUCUGAGGUAUUUUAUGUAUCGAUUUAUUAGUUUUUAAAUGAGUUUUGUUAUUUUCAGUUGUAUUUUAUUUUUAGUUUUAUUAGUUGAUUUUCAUUUCUUUGUAGCUUUCUAGUAUUUAAUUUCAUAGUUUCAGUUACUGGUUUAUAGUUACUUUAUUUUCAAAGUUAUUUAGUUGUUGAGUUGUUCAUUUUCAGUUGUUUAUAUGUAGUUAUUUUGUUUUAGGAGUUAUAGAUGUUCAAAUUAAUUUGCUUGGAAUUUAUUUAUUUAUUUAUUUAUUUUAUUUUUUAUUUUUUUUUGAGACGGAGUCUCGCUCUAUUGCCCAGGCGGGAGUGCAGUGGCGCGAUCUCGGCUCACUGCAAACUCCGCCUCCCGGGUUCACGCCGUUCUCCUGCCUCAGCCUCCUGAGUAGCUGGGACUACAGGCGCUCGCUACGGCGCCCGGCUAAUUUUUUUGUUGUUGUUGUUUUGUUUUGUUUUGUUUUGUUUUUGUAUUUUUAGUAGAGAUGGGGUUUCACCAUGUUAGCCAGGAUGGUCUCGAUCUCCUGACCUCGUGAUCCGCCCGCCUCGGCCUCCCAAAGUGCUGGGAUUACAGGCGUGAGCCACCGCGCCCGGCCGGAAUUUAUUUUAAAUUAUCUUUACAAUUAUUAUCUGAGUUAUUUACCGUCAUAGUUAUUUCACUUUAUCUUAUUGGAGUUUUUGAGCUAUUUAUUUUUACGGUAACUUAUUUGACUAUUAAAAACUCACUGGAAGUUGAUGAACUACUGUAAAGUUAUUUAUUUUUAGAGUGAAAUGUUUUAAUGAAGGGUUUCCCCUAGUUAUCUGGUUUUCGAGUUGCUUAUGUUCACAGGUAUUUAUUUUCAGUUACUUUAUAUUUGAGUUGUUUGUUUUUAUGUUCUUUUUUCAAGUUAUUUGGUUUUUAGUUAUUUCAUUUUCAGCAUUACUUCAUAUUUAACAUUAUAUUUUCUGAAUUUUUAGAGUUUCUGAGAUAUUUAGUUUUUGAACUAUUUUCAGAGUUAUUUAUUCUCAGUUAUUUCUUUUCAGUUUUGUAUUUGCCAUUCAAAUUUUUUUUCUGUUCUUUAUUUAAUUUUCAGGGGUUUUUUUGUUUUGUUUUUGUUUUUUGAGAUGGAGUUUUGCUCUGUCACCCAGGCUGGAGUAAAGUGGUGCAAUCUUGGCUCACUGCAACCUCUGCCUCCCGGGUUCAAGCAAUUCUCCUACCUCAGCCUCCCAAGUAGCUAGAAUUACAGGCACCUGCCACCACGCCCAGCUAAUUUGUUGUUGUUGUUGUUGUUGUUGUUGUUGUUGUUGAGACGGAGUCUUGCUCUGUCGCCCAGGCUGGAGUGCAGUGGCGCAAUCUCGGCUCGCUGCAAGCCCUGCCUCCCGGAUUCACGCCGUUCUCCUGCCUCAGACUCCUGAGUAGCUGGGACUACAGGCGCCCGCCACCAUGCCCGGCUAAUUUUGUUGUUGUUGUUUUUUUUUUUGUUUUUUGUUUUUUGUUUUUUUUUUAGUAAAGACGGGGUUUCACCAUGUUAGCCAGGAUGGUCUUGAUCUCCUGACCGAGUUUCACCAUGUUGGCCAGGCUGGUCUCCAACUCCUGACCUCAGGUGAUCCACUUGCGUUGGCCUCUCAAAGUGCUGGGAUUACAGGUGUGAGCCACUGCACCUGGCCCUCAGAAUUAUUUAGAGUUAGAAUUCUUAGUCUGCUAGUCAGCUUUCAACCAAGAGACACUAUAUCAGUUAUUCCAACAGAGAGAAUUUAAUAUAGAUCAUUGUUAUCCAGCUAGUAGAGAUUAAAAAAAAAAAGUAGUGAUAAUGAGAUAUCAUGUUGAUUUUAACUGCAAGCUCCCAGCCCAAGGACUCAUACAACAAAGAGAAGAGGUUGAGAAUAUCAAAACUCAGAAAUAUGAAGGUGGCCCUAGGGUUGGGGGUUAGUCCUCUGAGGAGGAGGCACUACCAAUGGUACAUGUGGCCCAAGGGCUCAGAGCCCAAGGUCCAGGAGCUGGAUGCAGAAUUCUGGGGAGGGGAUAUGGCCAGCCCAUGCUGCUGUCUCUGAAUGGGCAUCAUCAGGCUGGUUAUGGGAGUGCUGGGAAAAUGGCAAGCUGGAACCAACUGCCACUACUGGAACCAGCUGUCACUCUCAGGGUGGAGACAGUAUGCUGAUGGUGGGGGUGGGGUGGUGUGCACACAGGAAGGAGCCCGUGGUGGCCCUGCACCCCAGAGCUGGGAAGGGCGGGCUAGAAGCUUAAUUACCAGCACACUCAGCUUUAGCGUUACAUAGAGUUAGAGUUACGUUAGGAUUCCAUUAAUUUUGGAAUUGUUAGGGGUGAUUUGAUUUCACAUUUUCACAGGAUAUGGGAUUGGGAUGAAUCUUCAAUCUCCUGGUUUGUUUGUGGAAUAGAGUGGGCCACACCUCACAGGAGUCUCACCCAGGAGACUCAAGACAAUCACUUUAGAAUUCAAGAAAGCAAAAAUAAUGUGUCUCACUUUGUUCAUAAAGAAGCCUUUUGACGACGUGGCCAAAAAGAAGCAGAGUCUAAGGGACAGACUCUAAGAAAGGUGCCCUUGGAACAGGGUCCUGCAGAGUGUUCCUCUCAAGUUCUUUAGAACUUUACGCUGUUUUGUGGGGCCACCCUCUCCCACUCCCUUUCCUAACAGCACAGUGUCUUUCUUGAUAGAGUGUGUUUCAAAUUUGUAGACUGUUUGCACAAUAAAAUAAAGUUCCUCCCAAAUC